AUGCUGAGAUUUGGGCAGCACCUCAUUAAGCCCUCCGUGGUCUUCCUGAAGACGGAGCUCUCCUUUGCCCUUGUGAACAGGAAGCCGGUGGUCCCAGGACAUGUCCUUGUUUGUCCUCUGCGGCCAGUGGAGCGUUUCCGCGACUUGUGUCCUGAGGAAGUGGCCGAUUUGUUUCGUACGGUGCAGAGGGUUGGCAACAUGGUGGAGAAACACUUCUGCGGCACCUCGCUCACCGUUUCAAUUCAGGAUGGCCCCGAGGCUGGACAAACGGUGAAGCAUGUCCAUGUCCAUAUCCUUCCAAGGAGAGCUGGAGACAAAUCUACGAGGAGGUAUUUUGACUUUUAUUCAGAGUUGCAACGACAUGAUAAAGAGGAUUCCGCUGACAAGUGGAGAACAGAAGAAGAAAUGGCAGCUGAAGCAGCAACUCUGAAGAAGUAUUUUCAGGAAAAUUAA